CUUUUUUGUGAGGAUUCAGCAUCUUCCAGCAGCAGCAGCAACAGCAGCCCUCCUCCCUCCCCCUCUGCAGCCUCAGUAUGCCCGUCAUGCAAACGGAAGCAGGCGCUACCAUUUUGAAAUACAGCACCGCCUAGCGCCAUGGACAAGAGCCACACAGUGAAGCUCUUCGUGGGCAACCUGGCGUUGGACACCACCCAGGAAGAGCUCUCGGCAAUCUUUGAACCCUAUGGCCAGGUAGUCAGCUGCAGCGUGCUGCGACAGUUCGCGUUCGUCCACUUGCAGGGCGAGGGAGCAGCCGAGCGUGCCAUCCGGGAACUCAACGGGAGAGAGUUUCGAGGUCGGAAUUUGGUGGUGGAGGAGUCGAGAGGAAGGCCGUUGCACUCCACCAAGGUGUUUGUGGGUAAUCUGAGUGGGAUGUGCACCACCGAAGACCUGCAGCAGCUGUUUCAGACAUUUGGGAAAGUUCUGGAGUGUGAUAAAGUCAAAGCCAGGUUGUCCUCUUCCGCAGGCUAUGCCUUUGUCCACAUGGAAAACAAAGAAGAUGCGCUCCAGGCCAUUGAGGCCCUGCAUGGCACUUCGUUUAAGGGACGUCCCCUCUCCGUAGAGCUCUCCAAGGUCCAGCCCAGCAAACAAGCACCUACAGGAAAAAUCCCCUGCGUUAACUGUGGAAAGCAGGGCCACUAUGCUGGAGAAUGCCCUGUAGGGAAACCAUCUCUUGAGCAGUACCAGAGUCAGGCAGCGGUUCUGGCGGCCGCUGCCGCUGCUGCUGCUGGCCUGCCCCUCCAGGUCCAACAAAGCGUGCACAAUUCAGUCUACAACACCUCAACCUUUGAUCCCACGUACGCUGCUCUUACCGGGAUCACAACAGGCACACGCACUGAUGGAAACCCGGUGAAUCCAGCUGUUUAUGGUGCCCUCGCCAGCCAGGUGUAUGGCGCUAAUGUUGCCAAUCAGCUUUAUGGAACAGUGGCCAAUCAGGCAGCUCUUACAUCAGGGGCCACCCAAGUGUACAGCUCGAUGACUCCUAACAUCUACGGUCAGAUGGCUGCAACUCCUGCAGCUGCUGCAGCAGCAGCCGCUGCGGCUGCCUACUCAACUCCGGUUUACACCCCAACUGUUGCCAACCCCCAGGUCUACCUGGCUGCUGCUCCUGGAAUAGAAAUGCCAACAGCAGCUGCUGCAGUCAACCCAGCCUACACUGUAUCUCCAGCAAUCUAUGGUGCUGCCACACCAGCCUACACACAUAUAAGCGCUAUGGGAGCAGCAGACCCCACCACAGCCCUCUUUGAGGCAGCCAGGCAGGCACACUACUUUGCCCAGGGCCAGCAGGUGGUGGCUGAGCAGCAGACAGUGGCUGCAGCAGCGGCAGCAGCGGCUGCAGCAAAGUCUGGGGAGAGGGAUCGUAGCCCCUUACGGAGGUCAGUGCCUCUGUUGCCAGACCCCGUGAUGAAGCCGUUCAUGUACCAGAGAGCAAAGCCACGCCGACCCCUGCUCCCUACUCCUGCCGGUCGGGCGGCAGAAGAUGCUGUAGAGGCUGCAGAGGACCCCAUGGCCAGGUACUAUGCAGAGUACUAUCAGCAGCUGCAGCAGUAUCCUCAGUUCCAGUAUGCCUACCCACCACCCACCGCGGUGACCGCCAUCACUGGCAUGCCAGGAGUGCCAGCAGUCCCUGCUGUGCCUGCGAUGUCUGCCCAGCCAGUUGCCACGUUGGAUGCCCUCAGGCCAGUGGUCCCCACCGCUGCGGCAGUGGCAGCCGCCAUGGCUGCGCCCAGGGUGUAUGAGCCGCCGUUGCCGCCGCCCACGCGCAAGGAGGCCAUCCUCCGCCGCCCCGAACUCUCCCUUCACACGCCUGAGCCCCCCUUCCGAUAGUCGCACACAACUCUCUGCCCCCACCUCUCCCUCUUUGACCUGAACCCCAACCCCACAUCUCCUCCUCCACCCCCCAAACUUGAUCACCUUACAGCAGCUGUAUGUGUGUGUAUGAAUGCGCGGGGUGGGGUUUGAAACUGGGGGCUUCUCAGUUUAUUAACCUGCUUUAUGAGGAUUUUAUAUGCUUACCUUGGUCCUGUUUUCAUACGCACAGUGCAGCCAUAAAAGGGAGUUUCUCAUCUGUUGAGCGGGCAUUCUUUGUGCAUCUCAGUUUUACUUUUUUAUCGUGCCAGUCUCACACGUGUGCCAGUAUUAGACUGACCUCGUCAGUCGUUUCAUAUGCCUUUAUUUCUGCAACCCAGUUAUGAUUUUCUAUGGCCAAAUCUACAAUAAAAGACACUGGUUUUUUAACCUAUUAGCCAUCCUUUUUAGGCCUAGAUGAUCAGUUAGGGCAGCUAAUUUUAAACCUUUUUUGCCUUAUGUUUAAAAGUUUCAAAUUGUAAUGUAAUCAGAUGGGAGGGGAGUUCAACACAUAUUGUGUACUGGCUGCAUUGCAUUGUGUCAAACAGAACCAAGGUGUGUAAUUUGAAGGGGUGUCUGUGUUGAACUUGAUGUGGAUGUAGUGUGUGAACGAGUGCUAAAAUGACGUGUGCGGGCUUCUGACCUUGCAGCGCACAAACGCAGCACCUAAGACUGCGCCUUGCUGAGAAAAAAAUCGUAAAGCACACAUAAUACGUACUGUAUUGUAUGUUUGGAUCUCUCCUUGACCCCAUUUCCCCUCCUGUACUCUUUAACGUUGGAAGACACUGCUUCAUCUCUCUUUCUAACUACAGCUGCCUACCUCUCAGAUAAUUUCAGUCUGCUCUAUUUCAGACUUUCAGACCAGUCAUGAGUUUAUUUCAUGCACCUUGUGAAGGUACAGGGUCUACAGUUUCGGGGAGGGCAGAUUUUUGGCAAGAAUUACUUUUGUAGAUAUUCUGUAUUAAAUACUACGUGUUUAGAGGCCUUGUUUUCAAAGAACUUUGUGUUUUGUUUGUUUUAAUGUAGUCUUCAUGUUUUACAAGUCAACCUGGGGUGUGAUGAGUUGUAUUUUAAAAACCCAUGUGUGACUACUGAAUGAGAUGUUUACAAAUGAUCUUUACACUGAGUCCUAGGAAUCAUGAUAUGUGACAAGCUUAAACUAUGUGCCUAUAAGCUUUGAGUGAAGUGCAUUACGUGGAGUGGUCUCCUAUUUUUAAGUGCUUUUGACUUUUUAAUCAUUUCAAGGGAAGGGGGGGUUAUGGUUGCCUAAUGGAGCGUAGCUUCCAGGGCCACAAGCAGUAAAGCUUUCUCGUGGACUUGCACACAUUUUAAAGAUUUUUCAUAUCAUAGUGUUUUUGAAAAGCCACAAGCUGAGCCUCAAGGGUUCGCAAUUAGCCGCUGGUUUUAAGCUGGAAUGACAGUGAUAGCACCAAUGAAGUGAGGGAUGGGGCAGUGUCUUCCAGUUGUCCCAACUUUCCUACUUUCUCCAAAUACCAGACUUGCUUCAGACUAUAAUUGCAAAAACAUACAGGUGUCCUUUUAAUGUCGUUAUCGAAUCAGGUGGGCGGGUUCGCUUGCAAGUACAGGUACAAUGCAUUCAGGUCUUAAGACCUCCUUCACUUUUUUCAAUUUAGUGCUGCUACCUGAUUCUACAGUUGAAAAAAAAAUCACCUUUAUUCUCAUUAAUCUACACUCAGUACCCCAUUAUGACAAAGUGAAAG